AUGACGAACGGAGUCAAAUUGGAUAUGGAAUCGGGAAUGGAACCGGGAUUCGUCGUUUUGGGUGCCAGAGCUCAAAGAGUGUCCACGGCGAGCACGGUUUGUUUGUUUCUCACGGCACUCUUGGUCAUGAGCAUCGGAAUAAUCGGUGGGAUUUACCUCUACAGGCAAUUUGCGAGAUCUCAAAUGAGAUUUCACGGAUGGUGCACCGUGCCCUACAACAUUCGUCCGAAACCUCCGAGGCAAGAAGCACUCGGAUCUCAAACGGAUUUGGAAACACUCGUGAAAGAAUACGAAUUUCAAGCGGAUGCGGAAGCGUUCAACGUUCUCAAUUCAUUCAAACAAGAAUUCGAUAUAGAUUUGCAAAAUAAUGGAAUGGAAAAAAUUUCAGUUCCGGAUUUCAACAGGGGAAGAAAGGGAAAAUUCAUUCACGAUUUUAAAACGAACAAGACUGGAAUCGUGGAUUUGAACGGUCACAGAUGUUUCAUAAUGCCUCUAGAUCGUCAAAGAGUAUACCCCCCAUUGUCCAUGGUCGAUCUCAUUAAAAAAAUGACCAAAGGAUACUACGAAGUGGACACGGAAGUCGUUAGGAAAACAAUGAGAGUCGUCACUCCUCCGAUAGACGAUUUCGAAUCUCUCGGACAGCACAUUGCUCGGGAUUGUAAAAAUUUCAAAACGUACAUGUUGGAAAAAGACAAUUCGAACGGAAUCAAAAAGAGGAGUUUGAAUAAUAAAAAUCCUCCGGCCGUGUUUACCGAAUUUGCCGGAAGUAAAAUAUCGGAAAUAUCGAUCGAUACGAGCGCACUCGACGACGAUGACGUCGUCGACGAGACAAAUUUAAGUCAAAUUUAG